AUGCAAAGAUUGGAAGCUGUUAAAAGUAGGGGAUUAUGUAUCAACCGUCUUAAUUCUGGACAUAUGAUGACCACUUGCCCUAGUCAACAGAGUUGCUUUAAAUGUCAUCAACGAUAUCAUACCCUAUUGCAUAGGGACAACGAAGAAAUUGGGUAUCGAGGCCUAUCACGGCGACAGCAGCACACCGCAGUCGCGUCACAAGUACGUGCGAACUACGUCUCACAUGAUCCGUCACCUCCAACCAUAGCAGGUGAAAUUUCGACAUCGGUGUCAGCAUUUGUACCCGGCAGCAACAGCCAUGUUCACAUUUGCGGCACAUCGGAUGCACCCUCACGACAGAAUUUAAAUUUACGAAAAAACAGGACAAUAACAAACAUACACGGUGUAUCAGAAAGCAACAUCGGCCAAUCAUUAGCAAAAGUGGAUGUCAUCAUACAAGAUCUAGGGGAUUCCAAGCAGGUGCGCACUUCGGCGUUGGUUCUAAGGAAACUGACCAACUUGCUACCAGAGCGUAAUAUUCAAACUAAAGAGUGGUCACACAUAGACGGAUUGAUCCUAGCUGAUCCAGGUUAUUUUGCGAUGGGAAAAAUAGAUGUAGUCAUCGGAGCAGACAUUUUUGGCCAAAUUAUUUUGGAGGGACUAAGAAAGGGUCCUUCUGACGCACCAAUUGCUCAAAAAACCAUUUUUGGAUGGAUCAUAACAAGCAAUGUCGAUCAACGAAGUAUCAACACGACGUUUCACAUCCAAUCCGAUUUAGAUGAUAGCAUCAGAAGACUUGAGGAUGCACGCUAUCAGGUUGAGUUACCUUUUAUACCGGAUGAGCGACACAUUGCGAUUGCCAGGCUUUUCGGCAUGGAGACACAAUUUUCAAAAAAUGAGAUACUAAAAGACAACUACAGCAAGUGUAUAGCUGAAUAUUUGGACAUGAACCAUAUGGAGCAAGUGAAGUCAACAGAAUUAAAAAAUCAACAACAACAAAUCAUUUCGAAUUAUUUGCCAUAUCACGACGUCAUAAAGGAAAGUAGCUCAACAACAAAACUGCGAGUGGUUUUUGAUGCAUCACGGCCUACUUCGAAUGGUUCAUCAUUAAAUAACAAAAUAUUUAAGAGCCCAGUCAUCCAAGACGAUUUAUCUACUCUUCUAUUACGUUUUCGAAAUAUAAAAUUGCAUUUACAGCAGAUUUGGAGAAUAUGUAUAGACAAAUCCGAAUUGCACCGCAACAUGCCGAUUAUCAAAGAAUAG